AUUGGUGUAAACCUUGGGAUGUAUCCAUUCAUUCACCCUGUAAAUCCUGCUCCCUCGGACUCUUUAUAAGAUAGUCACAAAUCGCCUCCGCUUCGGUGAUCGACAAUGAGUUCUCAAGGAAAAAGUGGGGACGGGGUGAAUCCCAGAGCGGCCAAAUACGCCAACUUAUCAUCGAGAGCUGGACUUCUGUUCCCGGUUUAUAGAUUUGCUAGGUUCUUGGUUGCCGGUAAUUACUCCAAAAAAACUACUGCCACUGCCACCAUCCACAUCUCCGCCGUUCUCCAAUACGUGGCUGCUGAGGUUCUAGAACUUGCUGGAAAGGCAGCCAAGGAAGAUGGAAAGGCUUCGAUUUUGCCAUGUCACAUCAGGAGUGCGAUUAAAAACGACGAGGAGUUGAACAAACUGUUGGGUGAGGCUUUUGAAGUCGCGGACAGGGAGUAUGACGACGACUACUUGAGCAAGCUUUUGGGGGCUGCUUCUCUUGAUAACCACGCUGACGAUAUGUCUAUAAACUAACAAUCGGAUUGUUGACCCUCCCAACUUUUAUUGAUGAUAAUUCUUUUUUUUUUUUUAUCUGAUAUGAUUAUUUUGUACUCCCUCCGUCCAAAAAUUAUUAUCCAGUUUGGAUUUUCAUUUUUAGUUCAAAUUGUACUAAAAGUGAAAUCUCAAAUCGGACAAUAAUUUUGGGACAGAGGGAGCAGUAUUUCUGUACUCCUUUUCGCUUUUUGCAACUGAGUUUUGCCUCAGGCAGGCAUUACCUACAUUGGCGAUCACCGUGCUGUAACUUUUGGUGUUUCGGAAGCUUCUUAGGCUUUAGAAUUGAUCACAUUUCAAUUGUCACAUUCCUCCUGGAGAAAGUUAAAUCAACGCUCAUUCCCGUA